AUGGGAGAGCUGGGCAAAUUCGAAGAAGACGAAGGAUAUGUUUUCCUUGAGGUCAGUCGCGAGGAAAAAGCACAAAUGUCCGCUAAGCCAUUCGAUUCGAAGAAGAACUGUUGGGUUCCAGAUGCUGAAGAUGGCUUUGUUGCUGCUGAAAUCAAAUCAUCUACUGGUGAUAAAAUAACAGUGGUUACUGUAAAAGGCAAUGAGAUUACUUUAAAGAAGGAAGAAGUUCAGGAAAUGAAUCCACCAAAAUUCACGAAGACAGAAGAUAUGGCUAACCUAACCUUUUUGAAUGAAGCAUCAGUCCUUAAUAAUCUAAAAGAACGUUAUUUCUCCAUGAUGAUUUAUACGUAUUCUGGACUUUUCUGCGUAGUAAUCAAUCCGUACAAACGAUUGCCGAUUUAUACAGAAAGUAUAAUCAAGCAUUAUAUGGGAAAGAGAAGAAAUGAGAUGCCGCCACAUUUGUUUGCUGUCUCUGAUGAGGCAUAUCGCAACAUUUUACAAGAUCGCGAAAAUCAAUCCAUGCUUAUCACCGGUGAAUCUGGAGCAGGUAAAACAGAAAAUACGAAGAAAGUUAUCGCAUACUUUGCGAUCGUAGGUGCUACGCAAUCAAAAAAAGAAGAAGGACAGAAGGGGGGUACUCUCGAAGAGCAAAUUGUGAAAACUAACCCAGUAUUAGAAGCUUUUGGCAAUGCAAAGACCGUUCGAAACAAUAAUUCUUCUCGAUUCGGUAAAUUCAUUCGGACACACUUUUCACGCGAUGGCAAACUUGCUGGUGGUGAUAUCGAACAUUAUUUGCUUGAAAAAUCUCGAGUGGUACGCCAGGCUCCUGGUGAACGAAGCUAUCAUAUUUUCUAUCAGCUUAUGUCAGGCUUUCAUCCUAAAAUACGAGAGGAACUUCACUUGACGAAUGAUCUUAAAUACUACCAUUUCUCUUCACAAGCAGAGCUUACUAUCGAUGGUGUUGAUGAUAAGGAAGAAAUGGGUAUAACACAGGAAGCUUUCGAUGUUAUGGGCUUUGAAGAUACGGAAACUCAUGAUUUAUAUUCCAGCGUUGCUGGUAUUAUGCACAUGGGUGAGAUGAAAUUCAAACAAAGGCCACGCGAAGAACAAGCAGAACCAGAUGGCGAGGAAGAUGCUAAAAAUGCAUGCUUCUGCUUCGGUGUUGAUCAUGAAGAAUUCCUCAAAGCACUGACGAAACCACGUGUACGAGUUGGAUCAGAGUGGGUGAAUAAGGGUCAAAAUUUAGAACAGGUGCAUUGGGCUGUUGCCGGUCUGGCGAAAGCGAUUUAUGCUCGAAUGUUCCGAUGGCUUAUCAACCGUUGUAAUAUAACCUUAGAUCAGAAAAAAACAAAUCGGGCAUAUUUCAUUGGGGUUCUCGAUAUCGCUGGCUUCGAAAUUUUUGAUUUUAAUUCAUUCGAACAGUUAUGGAUAAAUUUCGUCAAUGAACGUCUUCAACAAUUUUUCAAUCAUCAUAUGUUUGUCCUUGAGCAAGAAGAAUACAAGCGAGAAGGGAUCCAGUGGACUUUCAUCGAUUUUGGUCUCGAUUUGCAAGCUUGUAUUGAACUCAUUGAAAAGCCUUUGGGUGUUAUUUCAAUGUUAGACGAAGAAUGCAUUGUACCAAAAGCCACUGAUAUGACUUAUGUGCAAAAAUUGAAUGAUCAGCAUCUAGGCAAACAUCCAAAUUAUCAGAAACCACGACCUCCGAAAGGCAAACAAUCUGAAGCACAUUUUGCUAUUAUUCAUUACGCUGGUACUGUCCGAUAUAAUGCAACAAACUUUUUGGAAAAGAAUAAGGAUCCUCUUAAUGAUUCAGCUGUUGCUGUACUGAAGCACUGCAAGGGAAAUCAACUUUUGCUUGAUAUAUGGUCUGAUUACCAAACUCAGGAAGAAGCAGCUGAGGCUGCUAAAGCUGGAAUAGAAGGAGGUCGAAAGAAGGGGAAAUCUUCAUCGUUUAUGACUGUUUCAAUGAUUUAUCGUGAAUCGUUAAAUAACUUAAUGAAUAUGUUGUAUCAAACACAUCCUCAUUUCAUUCGUUGUAUUAUUCCUAACGAAAAAAAAGCUAGCGGUGUGAUCGAUUCGGCGUUGGUGCUCAAUCAGUUAACAUGUAAUGGUGUAUUGGAAGGUAUUCGCAUUUGCCGCAAAGGUUUUCCGAACAGAAUGCUUUAUCCCGAUUUCAAACAUCGCUAUGCUAUUUUGGCUGCAGAACAAGCUAAAAAUCCUGAUGAAAGGGCUGCAUCUAUUGCAAUAAGUGAUUUUCUUUGCAACAGUGGUCAUCUAAACGAUGAAGAGUUCAAGUUAGGUAGUACAAAAAUUUUCUUCAAAGCCGGUAUCUUGGCUCGUCUUGAAGACUUACGUGAUGAAGCACUUCGUGUAGUUGUUACUAACUUCCAGUCUAGAGUACGAUCAUACCUUGCGCAGACUGAUGUCAAGCGUAGAAUUCAACAAAGAACAGGUCUUCUUAUUCUUCAACGUAAUGUUCGUUCAUGGUGUACUUUACGAAACUGGGAAUGGUUCAAACUGUAUGGACGAGUUAAGCCUAUGCUUAAAGCAGGAAAAGAAAUGGAAGAAAUGGAAAAGCUCAACAAUAAAAUUAAGGAGUUAGAAGAAACAUUGGUUAAAGAAGAAGGAAAUAAAAAGGAACUUGAAAAACAAAUUCAGGGACUUAUUGAAGAAAAGAAUCAACUUUUCGAGUCAUUAGAAAGAGAAAAAGGGCGUUUGGCUGAAUCUGAGGAACAAGUUAGUAAGCUAAAUGCUGCAAAAGCUGACCUUGAGCGUCAACUGCAGGAACUGAGCGACCGUAUCUCAGAAGUAGAAGACCGAAAUGCAGAUCUCGGAAGACAAAAGAAGAAAAAUGAACAGGAAAUCAAUGAGCUCAAGAAAAAGAAUCAGGAUUUAGAAUUAGCUUUACGAAAAUCUGAAACAGAAAAACAAGCUCGUGAGCAAAACAUUCGAACACUGCAAGACGAAAUGGCUAAUCAGGAUGAAAAUUACGCUCGAAUCAAUAAGGAAAAGAAAAAUCAAGAAGAAAUUAACCGAAAACUUAUGGAAGAUUUGCAAGCUGAGGAAGACAAAGUCAAUCAUAUGCAAAAACUCAAAGCAAAACUUGAACAACAACUUGAUGAUUUAGAAGAAAAUCUCGAGCGCGACAAGCGUACGCGCCAAGAUUUAGAAAAGGCAAAAAGAAAAGUAGAAGGCGAACUCAAGGUCUCCAUAGAAAAUAUUGACGAAAUUAUGAAGCAAAAACAUGAUCUGGAACAAAAUUUGAAAAAGAAAGAAGCCGAUCUCAUGCAUGCAACCAGCAAACUCGAAGAAGAGCAAUCGCUAGUGAGCAAGCUUCAGAAACAGAUCAAAGACCUCGAAUCUCGUAUUGCUGAACUGGAAGAAGACUUAGAACAAGAAAGGCAAUCUCGUAGCAAAUCUGACCGUUCACGUGGAGAUUUACAACGCGAGUUGGAAGAACUUAGUGAACGUCUUGAUGAACAAGGUGGUGCUACUGCAGCACAAAUCGAAUUAAAUAAAAAACGUGAAGCUGAAAUGGCAAAACUCAAAAGAGAUCUUGAGGAGAAUAAUAUAAACCAUGAACUUCAAAUCUCGGCUCUCCGCAAGAAACACAAUGAUGCUGUCGCAGAGUUAAGUGAUCAGUUAGAGCAAAUGCAAAAACUUAAAGCGAAAAUUGAUAAGGACAAGGCGCAACUUCUCCGUGACGUAGAAGAUGCUAAUGCUAACGCAGAUGCUGAAGGUCGCCAAAAGCAAGAAUUCGAAAAACAAGCAAAAUUGGCUGAAAUGCAAUAUUCUGAGCUCCAGACUAAAGCAGAUGAACAAAUGCGAUUAAUAAACGAUUUAAAUGCUCUCAAAUCACGAUUGUCGAACGAAAACAGCGAUCUUUCACGUCAAGUCGAAGAUUUGGAAAACCAGUUGAAUAGUCUACAUCGACUGAAAGCACAAUUACUGAGCCAAUUGGAAGAAGCCAAACGAACGGCAGAAGAAGAAUCCAAAGAGCGACAAAGCCUUGCAGCACAAGUAAAAACUCUUGAGCACGAGAAUGAUAAUUUACGCCUUCAUGCUGACGAGGAAGCUGAGGCAAAGGCAGAAUGUUUACGCCAAAUGAGUAAACUCAAUGCUGAAAUCCAACAAUGGAAAGCUCGAUUUGAAAGUGAAGGCUUAGCUAAACUGGAAGAAAUCGAAGAAAACAAGCGCAAACUUAACCAGAAGGUCCAGGAUCUCACUGAUGUUAAUGAGGCAGCAAAUGCCAAAAUCGCUUCAUUGGAAAAGACACGCCACAAACUAAUGGGUGAUUUAGACGAUGCACAGGUUGAUGUAGAGCGAACAGCCGCAUAUGCAGCAGCUUUGGAAAAAAAACAGAAAAAUUUCGAUCGCAUCAUUGAAGAAUGGAAGAAAAAAUGCGAUGAUUUAGCUGCUGAAUUAGACGCUGCACAACGUGACAAUCGUAAUAUGGCAACAGAGCUUUUCAAAUCUAAGACGAUUCAAGAUGAAUUACUCGAGCAACUCGAAAGUCUUCGACGUGAGAACAAAUCACUUUCAUUAGAAAUCAAAGAUUUGACAGAGCAGUUGACUGAAGGUGGGCGCUCUGUACAUGAAUUGCAAAAGAUGGUUCGUCGUCUAGAAGUAGAAAAGGAAGAACUCCAGAAGGCCCUCGACGAUGCUGAGUCAGCACUGGAAGCUGAAGAAGCCAAAGUUAUGAGGGCACAGGUUGAAGUUUCACAAGUUCGAGCUGAAAUCGAAAAACGAAUUCAAGAAAAGGAAGAAGAGUUUGAAAACACUCGUAAGAACCACCAGCGUGCACUGGAAAGUAUGCAAGCUACUCUUGAAGCUGAAUCGAAAGCCAAAAAUGAAGCCCUACGUAUCAAAAAGAAACUUGAGCAAGAUAUCAAUAAUCAAAAAGCUCAAAAAAAAUCUAAAAAAUCUAAGUUUGACUCUCAUCCUCAGGAGCUUGAAAUCGCACUUGACCACGCCAACAAAGCUAAUGCUGAUGCGCAGAAGAACAUUAAACGUUAUCAAGAACAAGUACGCGAACUUCAGUUGCAAGUGGAAGAUGAGCAAAGGCAGAAAGAUGACCUUGCUGAACAGUUAGCUUCGUUACAGAAGCGCGCUUCCAUUCUGCAAGCAGAAAAAGAUGAGCUAGCCAAUCAAGCAGAAGCAGCAGAACGGGCGAGACGAACUGCUGAACACGAUGCAAUUGAGCUUCGUGAAGCAGUUAAUGAUCUCACUAACCAAGUUAAUGCAAUUAAUAACGCAAGAAGAAAACUUGAGGCAGAACUUCAAGCAGUUCAUGUUGAGCUUGAUGAUACGAUAACGCAACUAAAAACAACUGAUGAAAUGUUAAAAACUGCAACUGCUGAUGCAGCACGCCUUGCCGAAGAACUCAGACAAGAGCAAGAGCAUUCAAUGCAUGUCGAUAGAAUGCGCCGCGCAUUAGAAGUACAAAUUAAAGAAAUGCAGGUACGAUUAGAUGAAGCCGAGGCAGCGGCCUUACGUGGUGGAAAAAAAAUCAUUGCCAAGCUCGAACAACGCAUUCGUGAACUUGAACAGGAAGUAGAUAAUGGACAGCGCCAAAUGUCAGAUAUGGAAAAAGACAUUAAGAAAGGUGAUAGACGCAUUAAAGAACUCGAGUUUCAGUGUGAGGAAGACAGGAAAAACAGCGAGCGUCUUACAGAAUUGGUUGAUAAGCUCCAAGUUAAAAUAAAAAUCUACAAACGUCAAGUAGAAGAAGCGAAUAGUAUUGAUGAAGUAGAUAUGAGGUUUCAGAAGAUUUUUAGAGAGCAUAAAAGGACAUCACAAAAUAAGGGAGAGGAGGAAGUGGCAGCUGUUAAUCUUGGAAAAUAUCGACAGCUUCAAACUCAAGUCGAUGACGCCAAUGAACGCGCUGAUAUCGCAGAAAACUCACUUGCAAAGUUGCGCUCGAAAAAUCGCGCAUCCACCAUGGGUCCAAUCGGUUUGAGUGCUAGUGCAAGUUUCGUUAAUUUUCAAUCCGAUUUAGCCUGA